ACAGUGCCAGUCUCUCUAGACAUCCGCGUUGCCUCCCAUACUUCUCAAAUUGUCCGCCUAUGGGUCUAGUUCUUCAGACAUAUGCCAUCAUGCUCAUGGGACUUUUAUACUGAACUCCAUGUUGAAGUGAGCUUGUUCGAAGGCAUCGACGAUUUGCCGGCGAGAAGCGCACGCAGUUGCAUCUUCAUGAAACUAGGGUGGGGAUAAUGAAUUAAACCAGCACGUACAUUGAUACAUUCAGUUUGCGGUCUGGACUGUCAUAUUUAGGAGUUAACUGUAAGACUAUAUUGUGCUUUUCCAUAAUAUUCUCUGUUUGUUGAGUAACAUUUCGCGAAGAUGUCUGUGGUAGGAUUCGACGUCGGGUUUCUGAACUGCUAUGUUGCGGUAGCUAGAGCCGGAGGAAUAGAAACCGUAGCCAAUGAAUACAGCGAUCGAUGUACACCAGCAUGCGUGUCAUUUGGACCACGGAAUCGAUCUAUUGGUGCAGCUGCAAAAAGCCAGGUCGUCACAAACUGCAAGAACACAGUCCAAGGGUUCAAGAGAUUUCAUGGCCGGGCGUUUUCUGACCCGUACAUCCAGAGUUUGAAAUCCAGCCUGGUUUACGACCUGGCACAGAUGCCUUCGGGCACCACUGGCAUCAAGGUGAUGUACAUGGAGGAGGAGAAGGUGUUCAGCAUUGAGCAGGUCACUGCCAUGCUUCUGACCAAGAUGAAGGAGACAGCUGAGCAUGCACUGAAGAAACCCGUGGCUGACUGCGUUGUCUCUGUCCCCUGCUACUACACGGACGCCGAGAGGAGAUCAGUGGUGGACGCAGCACAGAUCGCUGGACUCAACUGUCUGAGGCUCAUGAAUGAGACAACUGCAGUGGCGUUGGCGUAUGGGAUCUACAAGCAGGACCUCCCUGCUCCAGAGGAAAAGCCCAGGAUUGUGGUGUUUGUAGACAUUGGACACUCUGGAUACCAGACCUCUGUCUGUGCCUUCAACAAAGGCAAGCUGAAGAUCCUUGCGACGGCCUGCGACCCGGAGCUGGGCGGGAAGGACUUUGACGAGAUGCUGGUGAGACACUUCUGUGAGGAGUUUGGGAAGAAGUACAAGCUGGACGUGAAGACCAAGCCCAGGGCUCUGGUCAGGCUCUACCAGGAGUGUGAGAAACUCAAGAAGCUGAUGAGCGCUAACUCCUCAGACCUGCCCCUCAACAUCGAGUGCUUUAUGAACGACAUUGACGUCUCUGGAAAACUCAACAGGGGUCAAUUUGAGGAGAUGUGUGCUGACGUUCUGGCCAGAGUGGAGGCACCACUGCACAACCUGAUGGACCAAGCCAAGCUUAAGAAGGAGGACAUCUAUGCGGUGGAAAUAGUGGGCGGGGCCUCCCGUAUCCCGUCUGUCAAAGAGAGGAUCAGCAAGUUCUUUGGGAAGGAGCUGAGCACCACCCUGAAUGCUGAUGAGGCCGUGGCCAGAGGAUGUGCCCUGCAGUGUGCAAUCCUGUCCCCUGCAUUCAAAGUGCGUGAGUUCUCCAUCACAGACGCAGUUGCUUACCCAAUCUCUCUGAAAUGGAACUCUGCUGCAGAGGAAGGCUUGAGCGAUUGCGAGGUAUUCCCAAAGAACCAUGCUGCACCCUUCUCCAAAGUGUUGACUUUCUACCGGAGGGAGCCUUUCUCUCUGGAAGCCUACUACAACACCCCCAACGAGCUGCCGUACCCCGACCCCACCAUAGGUCAGUUUGUGAUCCAGAAGGUGGUGCCCCAGGCGUCUGGGGAGAGCUCCAAGGUCAAGGUGAAGGUGAGGGUCAACAUCCACGGCAUCUUCAGCGUCUCCUCAGCCUCGCUGGUGGAGGUCCAGAAGACCGAGGAAGGAGAGGAGCCCAUGGACACAGAACAGCAGGCAACACCAGAGAAAGAGGAAGAGAAAGAGGGCAACAUGCAGACUGACCAGGAUGAGACAAAGGCCCAAGGAGAUGGACAGAAAGAGACAGAAGAGGAGAAGAAGACGCCGCCGGAGAACGAGGAGAUGGAGACCUCUCCAGAGGAGAGUAAGACAGAGAAGAAGUCUGACCAGCCUCCCCAGGCCAAGAAGCCCAAAGUCAAGACAAAAGUCUUGGAGCUUCCCAUCGAGAACAGCCCUCAGUGGGAGCUGGCCAUCGACAUGCUCAACCUCUUUGUAGAAAAUGAGGGUAAAAUGAUCAUGCAGGACAAGCUGGAGAAGGAGAGGAACGACGCUAAGAACUACGUGGAGGAGUAUGUGUACGACAUGAGGGACAAACUUCACGGCAGGCUGGAGAAAUUUGUCAGUGAAGCUGACCGGGAUAUCCUGACCGGAGAUAUCCUGUCUUUACAACUGGAGGACACAGAGAACUGGCUGUAUGAAGACGGAGAGGACCAGCCUAAACAACAGUACAUCGACAAACUGGCCGUGCUGAAGAAACUGGGCCAGCCUAUCCAGGAGAGGUACAUGGAGUCUGAGGAAAGACCCAGAGCCUUCGAUGACAUGGGGAAACAGAUCCAGAUGUACAUGAAGAUCGUUGAAGCUUAUAAAACCAAGGAGGAGCAGUAUGAUCAUCUGGACCAGGAAGAGAUCAACAAGGUGGAUAAGAUGGUGAAUGAUGCCAUGAUCUGGAUGAACAGCAAGAUGAACCAGCAGAGUAAACUGAGCUUGACUGUGGAGCCUGCUGUUAAAGUCAGAGAGAUACAGGACAAGACUAAGGAGCUGUACUCCACCUGCAACCCCAUCGUGACCAAGGCCAAGCCCAAGGUGGAACUGCCUAAGGAAGACAAGGCAGGGGAGCAGAAUGGACCAGUCAACGGACAGGAGAAAGCCCCAGCAGAGGGCACCGAGAAGGGGACCGCCGACAGCACAGGCAACCCUCCCUCCACGGAAUCCACCAACCCUAGACCUGACAUGGACCUUGAUUAAGCAGACGGACAAGCAGCAACCAGUGUCUCCUCUACCAGGGGCUGUGUCUUCAUUUGAGAGUAGUCUCCUUCCCAUGUUUCCUUGUCGCCUUCCCCUUUCAGAUCUGAUAGGACUGGAUAGAUGAGUUCCAACAAAAGCAAAACAAUACUCUACCUGCAUGGUCUACCAAAAGGCAUGCUGGAUAUAUUAACUACAGUACUGUAGCACAUUGCUCACGUCUUUUCUAGCUUGUCAAAUCAGUUGCGGUCAGGAAGGAAUUAACCAAGGCAGCGAGGGAAGGAGGCAAAGGCAGGAAUGAGACGCUGCCCAGAUGUACCAGAGCUGCUAGUGAAGUGUAAACUCCUUGCUUGUCUCAAAUGGCAUCCCAUUCACUAUAUAGUGCACUACUUCCCAUUCACUAUAUAGUGCACUACUUCCUAUUCACUCUAUAGUGCACUACUUUUGGCCAGAGACUCUAUAUGACCCCUGAUUUAAAAAAAAUAGUGUACUAUAUAGGGAAUUGGUGCCAUGAUGUUGCCAUUCACUCCACUUGUCAAUGCAGGCAGCAUUCUGUAAUUUCGGCACAUUGACCCCAGUACCUGAUGAUGGUGUAUUUCUGCAGCCAAUAGCAUGUCCAUUCUUUUUUGUUUUUGUUUUGCUGAAAUAAAAUUGAAAGAACCAACUGCAAUAAGCCUGUUUGACGAUGAGCGCUGUAUCAUGGUAUUUAUUUCUGUUUUGUGCUCUCUAUAACUGUUCCGGGUCAUUGUCACAAUUUGAGUUUUAAUAAAGUUAUUGAAAACCG